AUGGAAGCCGGGACCAGAUCCUACGAUCCCAUGCUCAGGAUAUGGAUGGACGGCGGAGGAACGACGCCGCCACCGACGAUGGCGAGCGCCGGGCUGGGCACCAUCCUAUCGCGCGCCCAAGCACACGCCUCCGGGGUGUUGGAGGUCCUGGAGCCGCUCAUCUACUUGUACGGGGGGCUCGGCCUGUGCUACGGGGCGUGGCGGUACUACAGCCGCCGCACCUGCCUGCGCAAGUACGGCCGGGACAUGACGGCCGCCGCCGGCCGCCGCGAGGUCGACCCGGUGGUCGGCCGCGACGACGAGAUCAACCGCGUCAUCCACAUCCUGUGCCGCCGCUCCAAGAACUGUGUGGCGCUCGUCGGCGCAGCGGGGGUCGGCAAGACGGCCAUCGCCGAGGGCCUCGCUCAGCGCAUCGCUGCCGGCAACGUGCCCCCGCAGCUUGCAGGUGCACGCCUGGUGGAGCUCGAUCUGGCCGCCAUCGUCGCUGGGACCCAGUGGCGCGGCAUGUUCGAGGAGCGCAUCAAGGCCGUGAUCAAUCGCGCCGAGGCGUCCAAGGGCAAGAUCAUCCUUUUCAUUGAUGAGAUGCACAUGCUCAUCGGAGCCGGCGACUGGAGAGGCCGCAGCGACGCCGCAAACAUACUAAAGCCGGCGCUAGCCCGCGGCCGUAUCCGCUGCAUCGGCGCCACCACCUACGACGAGUACCGUGAGCACAUCGAGGCGGACCCUGCGCUCGAGCGGCGGUUCCAGAAGGUGCACGUCGAGCAGCCGAGCAUGCCAGCGACCCUCGGCAUUCUGCAGGGGCUCAAGGAGCGGUCUGAACGACACUAUGGCGUGAAAAUUCAGGAUUCCGCUAUCGAGGCUGCAGUACACCUCGCCGACCGCUAUAUCACAGGCCGUCAAUUUCCUGAUAAGGCGAUUGAUCUAAUUGACGAAGCUUGCACAUGGGUAGAAGGAAAACCGGGUGCAAUUGUUAACUCCGAUCUUGUAGCACAGGUGGUAAGCCGAUGGACUGGAAUCCCUAUAGCUAAGCUUGAUGAAAGGGAGAAGGUCAAGUUAAUGCACUUGGCCGACAGAUUGCACCAGAGAGUAAUUGGCCAGAAUGAGGCCGUCGAAUUGGUGGCGGAAGCGGUGUUGCGUUCUAGGGCCGGCAUUGCUCAGCCUGGCCAACCAAUAGGCUCAUUCCUCUUUCUAGGCUCGACCGGCGUUGGCAAAACGGAACUUGCAAAAGCUCUCGCCGAGCAGUUAUUCGAUAGCGAGAACAUGUUGGUUCGCUUUGACAUGACUGAAUAUACUUGCUCUUCUUCCGUGACGCGUCUCAUUGGAGCACCCCCGAGCUACCGUGGUCAUAAAGACGGUGGACAACUGACUGAGAAAAUCAGGAGACGCCCAUACAGUGUUAUCCUUUUUGACGAGGUGGAGAAGGCGGAUUACUCAGUGAUAAAUCUUUUUCUUCAACUUCUUGACGAUGGUGUGUUGACUGAUGGACAAGGCCGGAGUGUAGAUUUCAAAAAUACGGUCAUCAUUAUGACCUCAAAUCUAGGAGCAGAACACCUAACCGGAGGAAAAUCAACCGAAGUUGCACAUGACCUUCUCAUGAAACAGGUUCGGAGACACUUCAGGCCUGAACUUCUCAACAGAUUGAGCGAGAUUGUGAUAUUCGAGCCGCUUUCGCACCACCAGCUGAAGGAGAUCGUGAACAUCCAGAUGAAGUGUGUCACUGACAGAUUAGCCAGCAAGGGCAUCUCUCUAGUGUUAAGGGAAGCCGCGCUGGAUGUCAUUCUGUUGGAAUCGUACAACCCUGUGUACGGCGCAAGGCCCCUAAAGAGGUGGGUGGAAAAGCACAUAAUUACAACCAUCUCCAAGAUGAUGGUCAGCGAAGAAGCUGGUGAAGGCUCGACGGUCUCCAUCGACGCUGCUGACGAUGGGAAGGGUUUGAAAUACCAAGUGGUGUAG